AUGGCUCCCACCCAGAGCAGCUUCUGGCAGUUUCAGAGGAUGGUCAAACAUGCCACGGGGCGGAGUGCCUUCUUCUCCUAUUAUGGAUAUGGAUGCUACUGUGGGCUUGGGGGCAAAGGAACCCCUGUGGAUGACACUGACUCUCCCUCUUCCCUGGCCCCCAGGUGCUGCCUGGCACAUGACUGCUGCUAUGAGAAGCUGAAACACCUCGGCUGCCAGCCCGUGUUGAACAGUUAUCAGUUCCACAUCGUCAACGACACUGUGGUCUGUGGAUGUGCCCUGGGUUCUGGUGUUGGCUGCAUCUGUGGCAUGAAGGCCUGUGAGUGUGACAAGCAAUCUGUGUACUGCUUCAAAGAGAGCCUACCGACCUAUGAGAAGAACUUCAAGCAGUUCUCCAGCCGGCCUCGAUGUGGCAAGCGCAAGCUCCAGUGCUAG